AUGUUGUCUGUUGCUUCUCAAAAUACCCAUCACCUUCACCUUAACCAUCACCAACCUCAACCUCAACCUCAACCAAGGCGCUAUCAUUCAAUGCCUCAUCGCGAAGACACUCCCUCCCCCGGCCCCGUGAGUGUUGACACGCUCACGCCCGGCAAGACUAAUGACGCUGCAGUCGCCCAAGCGCUGGAGAUUGCCCGUGAGAGCAUUGACGGCGCUUCAGACUCUACCGUCAGCAAAAUUCUCGAAAAUGCUCUGUCGCGGAUUUGGAGCAAGGUGCAAGAUCAGCCAAGCUCGUACGUGAUGAGCAGAGACGAGUUUGCCGUCUUCAACUUUUUCCAGCAUCGUUUCAUCGGAGAUACGGACGCUGUUGCCGCUCGAAAGCGGUUUUGGGACAACUGCCGUGCCUAA